AGCGACCGAGUCGUGUACCCCGCGGACGUUAAUGCGCUCCACGAGCGUGCACACGAUCCCCAGUGAUAAGAACGGUACACAUACACACAUACACAUACGCGCACACGCACACGCGCACAUACAUACACAUUCACACGCACGCGUGCGCGCGCGCGGAGGCGCAUACAUUCAUGCACAUACAUACGCGUAUACCUGUGCCUAUACAUACAUCUUCAUGCACGUCGGCUACUGAGCGGCGUGCGUGCGUGUUCACGCACACAGCGAAGGCGCGUUGCACGCCGUACACGUACACGCUGAACACGUGGACACACCUGUUCGUCGCGCGUUUUCGCCGCGGCGCCGACGCCGGACGACCGAUUCUCUCGCGGACUCACGCGUGUGCGUGAGCAGUGUCACACGUUUCGUCCUCCUAACGUAUCCAGACUCCAGUCUCUCUCCACUUUCAAGGAAUCGCUUCUUCAGAGAGGAAAAAUUUAUCUCUAUAAUUCAGGAUGUGAACAAUUCCUGCGACAUUUUUCCCCUUGUUAUGCACCGAGAAUUAAUUGACACGCGAAAUGAGAGUGGAAUUAUUUGAGUGUCAAAUUGUUCUCGUCUUUCAUGUGCCGUAGCAUGUCUAUAGAUUGAGAAAUUGCCCAACGAAAAUCAAGUAUAAGAUCAAUCUUUAUGAACUGUCGUAUCGUCUGUAUCAUCUGUAUAUACGUAUCUGUAUAUCUAAACACGUGCUGGACGAAGCUUAUGCGUGCGUCAAGGAAAGUAAGUGUCGAGUGCUGGAGUAGUGCGUGCGCAUCACCAAGCUUCGCAUCACCACCACGAUCACUUUCCCCCGACAAAUUUGAAGGCACGAAUCGCGUAAUUAGUCGCGACUAGUCUCGCCCAAAAACCGACAUCGACGAAACGAGUGAAUUGCAGGACGAAGAAAAAAAGAAGAGACGCGAGAAAGAAAAGAGAACCGUAUCUCUCUCGCGGUAAUUGCUCGUGGUUGGAGCGUAUUCUUGAGAGCGAAAGGUACCUGUCGCGUCGCGAGAGCGAUAUGCGAAGGAACUUGGGCGAGUCUCAGCUCACAAUCAGUUCUUCUCGAAUGUCGCACAUGUAAAGUGAGGGAAAAGUGAAGAUUCGAAAAUCUCCGUGGACGGAAAACGACGGAGAAAAACGUACGUGAGUCCUCCAUUUGUUCCCCAAGUGUUCGCGUGUGCAUGUUUAGUGCUCAGCAGAGAGGAAAAAAGGAUCGUCCCUCCACGCGGAGGACAGACGCCAGUGGAUAUUCGGUGUUGGUGCGUAGACCGGAAGAAUCUGCGGAGUGCCGUGUGUCGAUAAGAAAGAUCGAUAAUACAUAUUUGGUGAGAGUGGUGACAGAAGGAAAGAGAUCGAAGGAUACAUACAAAUACGGCGUGACGAGAGGAUAGUGGAGGACCCAUAGAAAUCGCGGACAAGUGCUUGAGGAAGCGGCCGAGAAGCGACAGCAGGGGAUAUCGAUGAUAUGCGGUAGUCGAGGGAUUCCCCAGGGAGAGACAUGAGGGCGGCCGCCACCUACGUCCUGUUCUUAACCCAUCUCAUACAGACGACAACCGCGAGCGGAUACUUUGAGGUGCAGAUCCUUUCGCUGACGAAUAACAGAGGCACCCUGGUGGACGGUAGAUGUUGCGGAGGGGGAGGCGGGGGCGGAAAAGGAGAAUUCCCACCCUGUACGACUUCCUGCUCGACGGCCUUCUGGCUCUGUCUCAAGGAGUACCAGUCGAACGUUACCGCCAUCGGCUCCUGCAGCUUCGGCAACGUAUCUAGUCACGCCCUCGGUCCGAACACUUUCACCCUCACCGACCCCGUCACUCUGCAACUCCACUUCACCUUCCGAUGGACGAGGCAAUUCACGUUGAUUCUACAAGCGAGGGACGAGUCGAGCGCCGGCGUGAUUGAGGAAGCGAGUUACAGCGGCAUCGUCUUGCCAGGACCCACGUGGCACACUCUCAAUCAUCAAGGAAGAAACGCUCACUUGGCGUAUCGGGUGCGAGUCCAGUGCGCCGAUCAUUACUACAAUGCGACCUGUACGAAAUUUUGCCGACCUAGAAACGACAUUUUCGGCCAUUACACCUGCGAUGAAAACGGGGACAAAGUGUGUAUACAGGGAUGGAAAGGCGUCGACUGUGAGACAGCUGUGUGCAAGGAGGGCUGCCAUCCCGUGCACGGCCACUGCAACGUAAGCGGUGAGUGCCAAUGUCGGCACGGUUGGCGCGGAGAAUUAUGCGAUCAAUGCAUGCCCUAUCCAGGCUGCAAGCACGGCUAUUGCAAUGGCUCGAGUUGGCAGUGCAUCUGCGAUACGAACUGGGGCGGUAUCCUCUGCGAUCAGGAUCUCAACUACUGCGGCACCCAUGAGCCGUGCCAGAACGGCGGCACGUGCGAAAACACCGCGCCCGACCAGUACCGAUGCACGUGCCCGGAGGGCUUCUCUGGACCCAACUGUGAGAAGGUCGACAAUCCGUGUGCGUCUAGUCCGUGCCUGAAUGGCGCGACUUGUCGUGAACUCGGGGAGACCGCGCAGUGCGAGUGCGCCCAGGGGUUCGCCGGAUCAUUUUGCGCCACCGAUAUCGACGAGUGCGCCUCACAGCCGUGCCAGAACGGCGGUACUUGCGUAGACGGCAAGAACGGCUUUGUCUGCAACUGCCCAUCCGCCUGGCAAGGCGUGCUCUGCCAGUUCGACGUGGACGAGUGCACGCUCAAGGAAUCGCCCUGCAAGAACUUCCUCACCUGUAUCAACCUGGCCGGGGAUUACAAAUGCCGUUGCCGGAGCGGCUUCAUGGGCAAGAAUUGCACGAAGAAUAUCAAUGAUUGCGUCGGCCAGUGCCAACACGGCGCGCUUUGCAUCGAUCUGGUAGAUGAUUAUCAUUGCAGCUGCACUCCCGGCUACUCUGGCAAGGAUUGCGACGUUGACAUCGACGAAUGCGCGUCCAAGCCGUGCCAAAAUGGCGGCGAAUGCCGCGAUUUGGUGAACGCUUACGAGUGCGUGUGCCCGGUGGGCUUUACUGGCUAUCAGUGCGAGAUCGAUCGUGAUCAUUGCAGCCCAAAUCCAUGCCGUAAUUCGGCACCGUGUUUCAACACACAAACUGAUUACUACUGUCACUGCCCGGCACAAUGGCAAGGCAGAAAUUGUUCGGAAUCGGUCUCACAUAAUCCGCAAUUUGGAAUAUUGGACGAUGGGCAAUCGGGCUGUGGCAGCGAGGGUACUCCGUGCGGCGGUAAGGGCCGAUGUAGCGGCGGCAGAUGCAUCUGCGAUCCGGGUUACACUGGCGUGCACUGUCACGAAAACAUCAACGACUGCCGUGGCAAUCCUUGCCUGAACGGUGGCACAUGUGUCGACCUGCUUAACUCGUUUCAGUGCAUUUGUAUGGAAGGCUGGACCGGAGAUCUUUGUGACCAGAAUGUGGACGAGUGUCUGACACAGCCUUGUCGCAAUAAUGGUACCUGCGUGGAUGGCGUGGCAGAUUUCACGUGUAUUUGCCGGGGUGGUUGGAAGGGCAAGACGUGCGCGCUGCGCGGCGGCCACUGCGAGCCGGGCACUUGCCGGAACGGUGGCACCUGCCAGGACCGCGGUGAUGGUUUUACGUGCCACUGUCCACGCGGAUGGGAAGGCGCGGCCUGUCACAUCGCAUCGCCGUCGGCGUGUACGAGUAAUCCUUGCGCGAACGGCGCGACCUGCGUGAACACGGUUGACGGCAGCUAUCGAUGCGUCUGUCGCGAGGGUUUCGAAGGGCCGAACUGUCUGCGCAACGUAGACGACUGUCAGCCAGUGCCAUGCUUGAACGGCGGCAAAUGCGUAGACGGUGACAAUUGGUUUAGAUGUGAAUGCGCACCCGGCUUCACCGGUCCGGAUUGCCGCAUCAACGUGAACGAAUGCGGGAGCGGUCCGUGCACCGGUGGUGCCACUUGUGUAGAUGGCAUCGCGAGCUAUUCGUGCAUCUGUCCACCCGGUAGAACUGGUGCGCGAUGCGAGAUCCGAACAGCUGGUGGACCCGGCUGCACGGCCGCCACGUGGGAAGAUGACUGUAACGUAUGCGAGUGCCGGAAUGGCAAAAAUCAGUGCAGCAACGUCUGGUGUGGGCCGGGCAAUUGCCUGAACGGUACCUCUUGCUUGGCUCAUGAGGUCUGCGUUCCUAGUCCAGGCGAGAGUUGUCUAGUACCGCCGUGUCCGGCAUGGGGCGAGUGUCGCCCUGUCGAAACGGGAAGGCGAGUUGGUCCACCGGCGCUACCAGCUCCGCCGUCUUGUUGGCCUGGACAGUCCACGCUCGGGCCAACAUGCUCAAGACUCACGAUACUACUGCGAAGGGAUACCCUAGCAUCCGGCACAUCGGUGGAACUAUUAUGCCGUCGUCUAAGGAAGCUUCUAGCCGAUCCACGAAGGCCGCAAUCAGUGGUGCUGUUAUGCGAUUUGAAGCCUGGGGACAACGAUACGGUAGAAGUGACCAUUUUUUCAGAGGCGGCGGCGGACGCAGCUCGCGACCUCGGCGAAACGCUCAGUCGCCCAUUAGCCAGACCUCUCGUUUUGGCCUCCGUGCUAGAGGUCAAAGUAGAGACGGCGCUGCUCAGAGAGCCUAGUUCAGCGGGUGCGGCUAAUACCGGCAGUUAUGUGGCCGUUCUAGGUGGUGCUCUGGCGACUGUACUAUUGUUGGCUCUAUUCGGCAGCCUCUGGUACCUUAGAACUAUGAGGCACAGAUCGAACUUGACGGCGACUACCAGCAGCGAAACUUCGUUGCAUCGUCAUCGCAGCGAUUUAGAUGAAAAGUCGAACAAUCUUCAGAACGAAGAAAAUCUGAGGAGAUAUGCCAACCCGCUCAAGGACCAGGAUUCCGAACCCCGUGUGUCCGUCGUGAGGCCUUUGUCAGGCACUUCGCACAUUGGCACAUUGACCGGCGCCGAGGAGAGUCUCGAAAUGGUGUCUGAGGAAGGCAGACAUCGCUUACCACCACUCUACAAACCGCUUAGCGCGGAAGUCAAAAACAAUACGGCCAGUUUUAGCUAUGAGGGAGGACCGCAUAAGCCUUACAGCAAGCCCAGACUGCAAGAACCGCCGUAUCCUCAUCAGCAGCCGGGUACCAGUCACAUGACAGGGCCGCAUCAAGUGCUAACGGUACACGUAUGAUUAAAUAUCAUUAAAGUAAUGCGAAAACAGUUGGAUACUGUUGAUGAUUUUUCUUGCAUAAUGAUGCACUAAUGAAAAUUCUUAGAGACUAGAAGGUAAGAAAUUGAACGCUUACUUGGACAAUCUGGUUUUUUUUGUGAUAAUGGGAAGUGUGACUCUCUCGAUUUUGAAAUCAUUUGAGACGGCUCUCUAUUGAGAGGUUCUUCUUUAUGAAAGUUGAAACAAUGUUUAGAAUAUAUUAGAGACAAAUGCAGACAAAAAAUAAAGAAAACGCGUAAUUUUUCUAUGGCACAGCAAUUCGAUUAUGUUAUAUUUGCUAUAACAUAAAUUUUUAAUGCCUCUUUGAAACGUAUCGUUUUACGAUAUUGCUUCACUCAUAGUAUUAUUAGAAUAUGACUAUUAAAAUUUUCAAUUUUGAAAUAAUUGUAUAAAAAUAUUAGCACGAUUUUCAGAUUAAAAAUUCAGAAAAAUGAUGACUUUUUUUUCCUUAUUCAGCUUUUUCGUGCUUCUAUACGACGAUAAUAAGCGACAAUAAGCGAUUUAUUAUAAAUAAUUUUAAUGAUAAUGAUCAGUUGUUAUCGUUGUACAUAUGUAUAUAGCUCGUACUUAUUAAUUUCGCUAAGCCUGUAUCUCCUUCGCAUUCCCAGCGUUGUCAUUCCUCUGUCCCUUAUACGGCGCCCUUUUAUAUGUUUAUAUUUAAUUUUAUGUUCUUUUGAUAUUAUUAUUUUAUUAUCGCCAUUGUUAGAAUUUUUUCAUAAUUUGAAAAAUAAGAAGCACAGUCGCAUGAGAUGUAUUGUACGUUUGUCUCGAUCAUCGUGGAAGUGCUUGGUAUGUAUGAUAUAACGUGGGCUUCAAACGACGUUCCUUCAGACGAUAUUAUUGUGAUACUCGUAGAGAAACAACGUUACUGUAUAGGAUAUUAUGAUACUCCACGUGUUCAUUUACUUCAACGAGUUUUCUUUUUUCUUUUCGCGAAAACACGACACGUGAUUUUUACGCGAUGAGAGAUACUGCCAUUGCGAGAGGAUCAUGUGCUACACGAGACAUUAAAUCGCGGCGGCACAUUGACUUGUAAAGAACAUUAGUGACGUAAUUAUAAAAUAGAUUUAGAACGUAUUAGAAUGCAGAGUAAAAACGAUGUAUAUAGUGACGCUAUUACAUCGUGGAACGAUGUAAAUAAAUCUAAGUACACAUAUUCAGAUCGUUCUUAUCCCCAGUCAUUGUCGACCUCACCCUUAGAUGUGCAAUUCGUUUUCUUUCCUUUUUUUUUUUUUUUUUUUUUUGUAUCAGCGUUUCCCGUAUCGCGCUCUGCGAAAUGGCCACAAGUUUAAACUGAGAAACGUAACUCGUUUAGACAUAUAGAUUUACAGCAGGCAGGAACAAAGUUUUAUAAUAGAUACUUUAUUUUGUAGAGAAAACUAUAUUAUUGUACGAAUACACAUAUAGAAGAGAAUGAGAGAUGACGAAUAUAUAAAUAUAAAUAUAUAUUAUAUAUUAUUUUAUAUGUUAUAUAUUAUAUUAUUUUUAUUUUAUUGUCUUGUAUUAAUUAUUUUCAGAUCGUAAGCAAUAAUUGUCAUUGUACAAUUUUUUUGUUUAUUCUCGUUGGCUUCAAAGUGAAGUACAACAGCAAAAAUCUAUCAAAUUAAUGCUUCUAAUCGAAGACGAUAAACAAUUAAAAAACAUCUAGUGUUGUGAUUUGAUAUCAAGUGUUUGAUAUCAAGAAGUAAACGAAUGCGUGUAUAUAAGCCCCCCCUCCUACUACCCCCUCGUUUCCUUCUCUUUCUGCAUAGAUUUACGACGAUGUGAAGGAUUUCAAUAAAAAAAGUACAACUCUU